GCGGAGUGCAGAGGGACGCGCCCCUCCCCGCGCCGGGUUGUAGUCCGUCGCCGCGGCGCCUGGGAUAGAGUGUGGCGUUGGUGGGCGCUGCAGGGCGUGAUGGUGCUGUUGGCGCUCCUGUGCGCGGCCGCGCUGGCGGCCUGCGGGGCCAUCCCUCCGCCCGAGGAGGCGGCGCGCAUGGCGCGCUUCGUGCUGCACAACUGCGACUGGGGCGCGCUGGCCACGCUCUCCGCGCAGGAGGGGCUGCGCGGCCUCCCCUUCGCCAACAUCUUCUCCAUCAGCGACGGCGCUCCGGGGCCCGGCGGCGGCAGCGGCGUCCCCUACCUGUACCUGACCGACAUGGAGAUCUCCGUGCAGGACCUGGAGAUCAAUUCAAAUGCCUCCUUAACUGUGUCUUUGGCACAGACUCCAUACUGCAAGAAGCACAGAUAUGACCCUCAGAACCCCCUCUGCGCACACAUAAUCUUCUGUGGGAGCAUUGUGAAGGUGAAUGAUUCAGAAGCAGCCUUAGCGAAAAAGGCAUUAUUCACUCGGCACCCUGAGAUGGAGAGUUGGCCUAAGGAUCAUAACUGGUUCUUUGCUAAAUUCAACAUCACCAAUAUUUGGGUACUGGACUACUUUGGUGGACUGAAAAUUGUGACACCGGAAGAAUAUUACAAUGUCAAGCCUUAGCAGAGGAAGAUCCUUAGUGAUGCUGAUAGUACAAAUGGAUUACUUUGGAUGACUGUUCCAAGAAAGAUUUCCUACGUGUUGUAGAGCCGAAUUAAUAAUGCAGAAAAAUCUUACAAAUUACAUUGUUAAUAAGCUUGUGUAAUCCUUCUGAGGCACAUGUAAAUUCACACUAUCUAGCACAGCUUGAAUCAUGCCAUACUCAAAAUCCUUUGUGCGUAAGCCGUAACUAAAUCUUCCUCAGUGGACACGAAUCUGGAAAGUUAUUUCCCUUAGUUCUCCACAUUUGGAAAUGCCAUGUUUACUAGAAAGUAAAGGAUUAGACUGGUUCUAAGCUUUCAGUGCCUUAGUUAAAUCACUUCUGUUUGUAGGCACUCUCAAAUUUAUUUUAUUUUUAAUACCACUUCAUUUGUCAGUGGUAUUAAAAAUACCACUUUAUCUGACACGGUACUACAGAAUGGCUCAGAUGACUGCAGACUGUAAAGCCUUACUUAUAUUGCAGUGACAGAUAAUAUAUUGAGUUCUAAAUUUAUCUUUCGUAGAUCAUAGAAUCACCAAGGUUGGAAAAGACCUCUAGGGUCAUCCAGUCCAACUGUCCACCUAUCAACAAUAUUUCCCACUAAACCACGUCCCUCAGUGCAACAUCUAAAUGUUUCUUGAACACGGCACCUUUCCUUCAACAGCUAUACACUCAAUUUGAGCUGUUUUUUCUGUUUUGCUACCGUGAUUGUGUUUAUGAAAAUUGUAUUUGUUCUUCAGGCUCUUGGUAAGUUCUCAGUAAGUCUUUGUCUAGUAGCAGUUAUAUGUCCUGAUUCUUGUAAAGAAGUACUAGUAGGAAUGAAAGUACCCAACUGUAGUGUAUGAAGAGAAGUGGCUUGCAAAUCCAGUGAGAAUGAUAUAAAAAGUUGUUUACUGACUUGAAUUUUGAAAUCUUUGGCUUUGCAUUCUGAUCAAAUGACAAUGUAACAGCUUUUACCACAAUUCACAAUUUGGCAGAUUUUUUUUGUUAUGUUUUGGAAGCCUUACACAGCAAUUUUAAGUCUGUAAUUCGAGAGUGAGAAGGAAGCUGAUACAGUAUGCAACCGAUGUCUCAUCAACGGUAGAGAAUGAAAAGUAAUGAAAAGUGUUGUAAGUUUUUUUUUUUUAUAAAAUAAGCCCUAUGCAACCAUGGAAAAAAAAAAUUCAGCACCUUUUUAUAUCCUGUCACAUGUGAUUAUGAACAAUUAAUUUGAUUUUACCCCAAGCAAAUAUUGCCUGCUUGACGUAGUAAAGAAUGUGAACAUUUAGAAUCCUUAGAGGCAGAUCCGUAUAUUAGAAUAGUGAAAUUGAUUACUUUCAAUCAUCUAUACAUAGUAAUUGCAUCAUUAUACUACUGCUCAUCUUGUAUGGGAAAGAUUUACAAAAGCAUUUUGAAAUAAGUUAUUUUCUUCUCUGUGAAGGGGGGGGAAGGGUGCUUUUUUACUGUAUUAAACACAUUGUGUGCUACUACUUGGGAUAAAAAAAAAACUUAAGAUAUAGAAACAGUUUAUGAUGAGUAAAUAACAUUAAAAUUAAAUAUGAUAGUGGAAAUAUUUUUAUAUAAGGCAUAACAAUUGUGAAAAUUCAAAUGAUUUUAUGGUAUGGACUGAUUCUUUCAAUGGGGACACCUGAAUGUGUUACCUGUCUCUCCAUAACUUCUGUUGCGUGAGACUGAUUAUGCUGGACUUUGAUAAAAAUAAAAAUAUUUUUAUGAAA